CGUUCGUGCGCUUCUUUUAGUCUUGUCUCGCGCUCGGUGUGCUUGUGUACUACGCUGCGUGGGUCCCGUUGCUUCGCACCCAGCACCACACGGCCGAGUGCGUGGUGUUACGACCUGCGGCGGCCAGUCGCUCGUACUACACGUGCGCGCGCGCCGAGCGUCACCUCGAUCGACGCGGGCUGUCGCCCCUGCUUCUACUUCAAGGGUUUCCUUCGCCAGUGCGACAUGUGAAAUGGGCAACCUCCUGCGCUUGCUGUCGAGGGAUGAUGCCCCGAAGUAUGACGUCUUUGUUGACUUCGAAAAUGCCGAGCCUUCAGAAUCCGAAGAGGAGACAUACUACGUAGUGCAUGAUGUGCUACAACACUCGCGGGACAUACUCUUGGAACUGCAAACGUACAAAGGCGCGGGCAGCGAGAUCAGAGAGGCUAUAGCCAACCCAAGAAGUGAAGCCCGUCAGAUGAAAGCCUGGGAGGCCGUGCUGCCCCUUGUCUCUAAGCUGAAGCAGUUCUACAUCUUCUCACAAAGUCUAGAGGAAGUUGUGCCGCGCAUCCUGUGGGAGCUAUGUUCGGGUCCGCGGACCCCUCGCGAACACCUGGAAACGCAACAGGCCCUUGUGAAGCAGUUCGCGGAGAUCUUGGACUUCGUACUCAAAUUUGACGACCUCAAGAUGACAAACCCAGCAAUCCAAAAUGACUUCAGCUACUACCGCAGGACGGUUAGCAGGUUACGACUGGCAAACCAGGAAAACAUAGAGGAUGGCCUGGAGGUUCCCAACGAGCUCGCAAACCACAUGUCGCUGUUCUACGCGCACGCGACUCCUAUGCUGAAGGUGCUUAGCGAUGCAACAACACGCUUUGUCUCGGAGAACAAGGACCUGCCCAUCGAGAACACUACGGAGACCCUGGGAACCAUGGCCAAGGUGUGCCAGAGGAUGGUCGACAACAGAGAAAUUUGUUCACGAUUCAAGAAUGAAGAGACCAUCCUCUUUGUGUUGCGGGUGAUGGUAGGCGUUAUCAUCCUCUACGACCAUGUUCACCCCCAGGGAGCUUUCACCAAGACGUCUCAUAUUGACGUCAAACGGUCAAUAAGGGUCCUCAAGGAGCAGCCUCCAAAUGUUGUCGAGGGACUCCUGAAUGCGCUAAGGUACACAACACGUCAUUUGAACGACGAAACGACACCACGCAACAUCAAGGGCUUGCUGGCCUGACUUGGACCGUGCUGCGGUAGUCAUCUCUGAGUGUUCCAGUUACAUGUUGUUUUCUGUCACCGGCCAUCGGCUGUCACUUCCGUGCUACAUUGGACACUAUGCUGUGCUAUGCACGCAAUUUUUUUUUAUAUGGCACCUGUGAUUUCUAUUAUUUUUUUUUUGUCACAAUGAUAUUGUACGGAAGUUCAUUGACAAAAAGUGAGCUGGACCACUUAAAUUGUUUGCUGGUCACAACUUACUGCAUUGGACAUGGUGUCACAUACCAAGGAGAAGUAGGUGAACUGCGCAAGAUGUUAGGGACAAUGAAAGAGAGACAGGAUUGUUCUCGGUAAGGUCCUCCAACUUUGGAAAGAGGGAAUCAAAAGACUAAUGUUUUAUUACUUUGACAAUCAAGAGAUCAAUUCCUUUAUGUUUAGACAUCAUCCUAAUUCUUAGUUGGCUUAUUUUUCUUAAUUUUUCCUAAUCCUAACUUUUUAGUUGCCUCCACAACCUGUGGAAGUUGUCUCUGCCCAGUGUAGAAAUUGUGAGCAGUCUUUUUGUAAUGACAACGAACUGAUGUUUCGAAUGGUUAGUAUUGUCCUGUGUAGUUUUUAGUCAUCAAAGCUCCCUCUGCUGCUUUAGCGCAAGGAACCCAAACUCAUGAGUUCUUGCUGCACCUCAUAUGGUUUUAUGUAGUGCAUCACUCAGCAGCGGAUUUUAUUUUUUAUUUCUUUUAUGAAAUAUAUGUCCUCGUCUCAUCAGGGUCCACACCUCUCUUAGUAGCACUUUUACUAGUCUUUAAUUUUCUGUUUUUUAUAACUUUGCAGAAAUAUGUUCAUUGGAGUAAACUUUUAAUUAGCUUCCCUCCUCUUAGUUGGAAGAUUGUGCUUUAGUACAUCCUGUGCAUUCUUUCGUUGUCCCUGCUGCUUGACCUGGUUGACCUAUUUUUCCAGUUGUCAAUGAAACCAGCCUGCGAUGAGCGUAUAGGUAGUUGGCUGUCAUUGCCUCGUCAUAUGCCUUGACUGUGUUUGUCAUUCAGCUUGUUGCUUUCUUUUCAUUGCGCUGCGAAACAGUACAGAAGUUGCUGCUUUCCCUGCAAGUUCUUGACUCCUGAAAAACUUCCUAGAGUUCCUUAAAGACUGGUGUAUGCAGGUAACUUGUGAAAUUUUGUAACAUCUUGCCUUGGUUCGGUUUCUGCAACUUGGGUUUGUACAGUCACGGGCUUCACUAGGAUUAACACAUGUAUGCAUGGCAGAUAGCCUAGCAAGCGCACAUCACUAGCCACAAAUUUGAGAAAAGGGUGAGAGAAUGAGGCAGUUCUCUCGUCUGCAGCCACUAAUAUUGGAUGAAAAAAUUUUUUCCAAUGCUUUCUUCUGUAAAACUUCCACAAAGAUUGGCAAACCAAUAACCACUACAUUUCUGCCAAUGCCAUGCUCGACCCAUUCAGACUGCUGUCAGCAGUACCCGCUAUUGAUGUCAUGCAUUGUUGUGCAAACUUUUUGAGGUGGAGUUUUUUUCUCCAAGUUGCAACCCAAUUUGCACAUACAGUGGUUUGUGACAGCUUGGCAUACUGUAUGCUGUUUUUGCAGCUAACUAGGGACAUGGGCAUUGCAUGCAGUCUCAGCAGUUGGCUAAUAGCACAUCACCAUUCUCAAGCCCUGCUUCUCAUUUCACCUGAUGUGUGCAUCAUCAUUUGGUAUGAAAUUAGGCUCUGUGCCAUGUGCUAACGUUUUCCUGAUCAUAAUUUGCUAAUACAUGCUGUCAUUUAUGAAGCUAAUGCAAGGCUGUCCCUGCAGGUUCUUGCACAGUCAUGUCAAUACGUAGCCUAAACAUGGCAUAAAUGUGGACUUCUCCCACUAUAGUGCCAGUCUAGUGUACUGACUUCUUAACCAUGGUAUGAUUUGUCAGGUGAGCACUUUGCUACUGCGAAGGCAAUUCUACUAUAAGAAUGAAGCAAACUGAAAAAUAUUAUUUCUACACUUGCUACUAAACACAACUAUGGACAGACUGUAGGUGUCUUGAAGAAUUGCAUGCAAUGGGAAAGUGUGUCGGACACACUGAACAGACUCUUGUAUUCUGGCCACGUGUGGUGUGCUUGAAGACCCUAGAUCAUUUAGAUGUAAUCCUAAGCUUGAAUGGGGGAGCUAAUAUGGCUGCACAUGUGAUCAGACGCACCAUGUUUACUUAGACCAGACUGGGCUUCUAGAUUACUAUUCAUUCACUGAUGUGUGCGGGCUUUCAAACAAGUAUGCCUGGCCUGCGAUCUACUGAUGACCUGUGGCUUUCAAUAUACAGUAGUUUAGAUAAACAUCACGUAUGUUUCUUUCACUUCCACUUCUUUCCAAGAGUUGUCCUCCAAAGAGUAGUCACACCUGCAUUUUUCAGAGAUGGAGAUUUGCAAUCUUCGCUCCAUUGUAGAAAAAAAGUAAACAAUGUGCUUCGUAAAUGACGGGAGGUUAGAAUAGUUAUCUCAGAUUUCAGCCAUUAAUUGUGUAAGCAUUGCUGCACAGAACUAAGUUAUUUCAUGACAAAUUUUCAUCGCAAUGGGCGAGGAACUGCAUUGCAUCUCAACUCAUUUUCUGCUAGGAGGUGUAGAAUUUGCAUACUCCCUUACGUGGGGUUUAAAAACAUGGGAACGAGGUAUUGUUUUCGUGCAGUUUUGACAACGCAGUCCUAACUUCAGUAGAGUUGAAUGUUGCAAAGUCCAGUGUCAUAGGAUUGUAUUGUGCAUUUGAACACAAGGGAAGUCUGGAUCUGGCACAAGUGAGAUACUAUUCAUAGAGGGGAUUGAAUUCUAUAUUUAAGUCAGUAGAUGGCUCUUGUAUAGUGGUACAACAGGGUUAGUGAAGGCAUUACAGGGUGCCUCACUCCUGAAUGGCACAAAAGCGCGAUGUUAUUAACUGCACAUGUAACACUUGGGUUAAAAAUUUGCAGGAACUGCAGUUUCUCACUGCUGCCUUGUAACAUAAAGGGUUGUUGCUCAGUCGUUCUUUUCACAACCUCUUAAUGUUCGUGUGAAAAUUAUUCAACUGGCAUGGAAUCCGUAUACUUUCCCUAAUGACCUGUAUAAUGCUUUGGAAUUAGACUGCUUUCAAAAAUGUUCUGUAGCUUUUAAAUAUGUGUCAAAGCUUUACGAAAUCGAACAAGAGCAGUCAUCCAAGGAGGGCACGGAAUUCUCGCUGUUAGAAAAUAGUUUCGCGUCAAAAACUGAAAAAACUCCUUUCCCACUACUAGCAAAACGGAAUGUCUUCCGCAAGGCUCUCUAUAGACGAAGCGCAUUGCAAAGCAAAAUACUGCCAAACCACUCUUUCUGUUUAGGCAUUAUUCUUUCUGCCUGAGCAACACGCAUGGCUGCCCCUUUGUGGCAGCCAUUUCGCUACCAGGGUUCGGAACUGCACGUAUAGGAAUGUAGCAAGAGGUGCUAUUUUUGGAAUGAUGUCAAGGUGAUGGUGGCGGUUGUAACGUUGGCGAUAGCAGUGGAAGGUCGGUGAUUUGCGAGGCUUGUCUGAUGUGAGCGUGCAGAAACGAAGGCUCUAUACGCAGUAGACCAUUGACAACUCAACCCUGUGAGUGCAGUUUAGGUUAAGUGGCAGCCAUUUUCAUACUGCCAAAUUAGUCUUUGAUGUAUUUGAAGUUCUUUCACACCUAUCGUGGCUGCUCAGUAGCUAUGACAUGCUGCUGAACAAGAGGUCACAGGUUUCAUUCACUGCUGCAGCACCUGUUUUCAGAUGCAGGCUGAAUGCAAUGACACUUAUUGAGAUUUAGGUUCAUAAUAAAGAACCACAGGUGGCCAAAUUAUUUAUCAGUUUUCAAAUGUCUCCUGAUGACUAACUGUUUUAUUAGGGCAAAUGCUUUGACUUCGCUGCCAGAAAAUGCAAAAGACAAGUAAGUUUCAUUACUUCGAGCUGCAGAUGUUUCAGUGUAGGUGUAAUUUAAUGUGCAAGUGAAAUCUCUGAUCAUUUUGGCUGCAGCAUCAUGAAGUGACUGUUUUGCAUAUUGUUGUAGCUCUUCAGGUAAGGCGAAUUAAAAGCAUUUGGUGAGAUUGUAAAGUGGUGCCUCAUUCAUACCAUUAUAGUAGCACAUCAUUCCUAGCAUGACAUGUGGCACUGAAUCGUGUGUUAUGAUCGUUAUUCAUAAGCUAUGCAUAGUUUCUCUUGGCACAUUUUGACUUGGCAAUGGUCUACUGUCUAUUACUCAUAUACAUUGCAAAACUCAGUACGGCUGUUUGUGCAUGCUAAGAUAAACAGUGCUGAUCUUGCACAGAUGCGUAUGUAUGCUGCUUAUAUGUGUAUGUUAUCGGUAACUGUACUUGUGCUUGCAUUUUAUACUGACAUUGCCAGCUGACGUAAACAGCAGGGGCUACUUAGCACAAGAAAAACAGGCCUGAUUUAGUGUUCUCUGCAAGUGUUAUUUUCGGUGAAAUUUCUACUUUUGUGAACGAGACUUGCCGCCAGAGUGGUCAAUUGUUCAAUAAUUGCUGGCCCUCGGACUUUCCUCGGUUGUCAUCAUUUGAAGUCUUUUCGAUUUUUUUUUUUUUUUUCCUUUAUAAGAUGCUAGUCAAUCUGUCUUCCUCAUUGCACCCUACAUUUUUCUUUGCAACUUGCAACAAUAGAACAGUAACCACUGUCGGCGGUGGCAUUGCAUGUUCAUCACGUCACAUGGCGUACCGUCGCAUUUGUGACUGCAUUGCACGGAAGCGUGGAGUGUUAGUGAAGGCUCGUUUUGAACAUUUUGAGUAUUUGCACGUCAAGAUGAUUUUGUGUGGUAUUGUGUCAAUCUUUGUUCACUCAUUUACGUAAUCUCUCGAAAAAACUCUUGCACGACUGUAGUGGAGGUUUUCGACGUUUCGUGGUCACUACGUAAUGUGAUAAGUCAUGCAUACCAAUUUUUUUAUUUUCUUCCCCGUUGUGCAAAGAAUAUAAACUUGUAACAUGCAUCUCGCGUUUGUAGACCAAGUCUGUAAGCAUCUGUGCACCUUGGUUUGUUUUAAACGGGACCUUGCACAAAGAGUUUUGAAGUCAUGUCAGCAUUUGUGUGGUCUCAUACUUAAAUUCUUCUCUGAAGAAAAGCACCAUUGAAAGAGCACAAAAUAUGUUGGGUUGAGUGACUGCUAGUUCUGCGACCAAGGUCAUGCUGCAGUGCUGUCUGUUUGGCUUGUUGGUGUGAUACAUGGGAAACAGAGCAGCCCUUGGGAUGAGGACAUAGCAGAAAACAAACACCACAGUGCAUCACUUUUAACUGAUUGAUUGUGGAAAUGUACACAGUGUUAUUCAUUAUGACCUCCUGGGCCGACAUACAUAGAACUAUUGCAAUCUGUUUCUAUUCCAAAUAUGCCAUUAGUGCUCCGUGAUGGGUCAAAAUGGCUCGAGUCAAGCCAUUUUGACCUAUCGUAGAGGGCUAAUGGCGGAUUUGGAAUAAAAGCAGAUUGGCAUAGUUUCAUGUUAUGCCAGUCCUGUUCAUCUCACAGAGUUCAUGCUCUCACAUGCACCUGUCGAUCGUCCUUUUGAAUGUAAAGUAUACUUUCACAAAGCUCCUUGCAUGAGACGCAUGCUCGUCGCACGUGGAAAACAAACCUGGCAAAAGGCAGUGCUAUGUACUUGAACUGGUCACCAACAAAAUGCACCUGAUUGAACUGGCACAUUGCAUCGACCCCUUAUUUCCUGGCAUUUGCCUGUUUCCCUUUGUUGCCACUCUUGACUACCUUAUAGAGAUUAUCGCACUUCUCUAGGCAUUGUGAACACAAACGAAAGAAGUCUUGUUUGUGCAGCAAGUUUCUGAUGAAUUGGACACUGCAUUGUCCCCAAUUAUGAUAAGGGCACAAGGAUAACUUCAAAGGCUCAUUUCUUUUCUGAGCAACUCGCUUGACGCAUGCCAUAUGUGCCGUUCUAACAAAAUCCCACUUCGUUAGUCCUCCCGUGCAUUUUUGUCCUCUUUCAAGCAGUCUUCCAUGAAAAUUUAUCACAGCAACCAAAUAGCGAGGAAAGAAACCUUGCAUUCACGUUAGAAAGCAUGAACUAGGUGGGAAAGAAAUAAGGGCAUUCCAAAUCUUCAAUGCAUGUCCCCCUAUACGCAAGAGUAACACACCCUCCCCUCUGGUUAUGACACCUAUUGUUGCUUCAGCUGUUAAUGGUGUCAUUUUCUGUACUUCAUCUCGCCAACUCUGUGUGGCACAGUGAAAGCUGUAGAUUGCGUCAGCUAACAAGAAUGGAUAAUGAGAAGUAAAGCUCUCCCAUUGUUCGCCGGCAAUAGUGGCACCAACUGAAUGAAAGCUUCUUGAAAGGAUUAUCAGCGCACAAUAGGCGAGCCUUGCUUUCUUCUCAAAACAUGCAACUGGCUUUCACAUGAGCCUGAGCCUUCACUUCAUAACAGAAUGAGUGAAACGGAGUAUAUUUGAGGAUGUUCCUCGGGCAUGAACUAUGCCUUAAGAAAGAACAGUGCUGCUCCCUUAAUUCAGUCACUUCACGCAAUGUGGGGAGUCUUACUUUUUCUCAUGACAGUACAUUUUCACUGAAAUCAUUUGCAAGUGUCACGUGGUGGUGUCCUUGUUGCAUGGGCCACCGUGUUUUUCAAUAUUGCCAUGCCAUUUGCACAUUUGUGACCUCGAGUGCAGAUCGUUGCGUGUAUAGAUAUUGCGCACAAAUGUAUACUCUACGAACAUGUAUGUGUGUAACAUCAAUGGCGUUUGCCAUCUCUUGUAUCCUUGCAGAGUGGAUUAAGCGUCGAGCUGUGUAGAAAGAUGAGAGUAUGUGGCAGUUUGCAUGCAUGCAUGUGUGUGCUGUGUGUGUGUGUUGUCAACGCAACUCUGUUGACUUGGUUUAAGAGACUUGGCACAAACGUCGCUCGAUGCUCAAUUUGUUACGUAUCGUCUGCGCUUGCACUGUGUUUUAUAGGUACGAGUUGCCUCUCUCGUAGAAUUCAAGAGAAGCCAUUGACUUUGUUGCUGUGACUUUAUUAGUUUUUCCUUUUUUGUGUGUUUGUCGAGACACUCAUUUAGCUAAAGCGCAGUCUUGGCUCAAGGUCUCACAGCUUUUUGGCAGUGAAAUGUACCAUGUAUUAUUGCAUGGUCAAGUAUUGUGAUUCUUUUUUUAUUUUUUUGUGGAGGGUGAAAAAAACUUUGUUCUACAAGUCCUCAAGAAAAUCGAAAGUAUGGUGCCAGUAUUCACGUAUACUUUUUUCCCUGAUCAUCGAAAAGCCCAGCCUCUAAUUUAUUAACUGCAAUGGGCCAAAAACCAGUUAACUUUGACGAGCCUUGUGUUGACAGCUGUUACAACAUUGUGUCAACAUUUUGUUCAUGUACAUAGCAUGUGAUGCUUGGCAGAAGCGUUUUAUUUGUGGACCUCCUAAACGCACAAAAUUAAUCUGUUUGCUUUUGGCACAAUCUUGUCGCUGGCCAUCGCACUGGAAAGAUGCUUUAGGUUAACCAUGCCCACAUGUUUGCCUGCCUUUUGCACAAGCACCAAGAAUAAUUGCAUUCUAGUAAGUCAUUUUAUUAUCAGUUUUGUUUCUAACUCAUAUCGCAUAGCCCUGUUUAACGAGCACUCUACAAAAGUCUACUCUUACACUUCGGUACUGUGAAUGUGACAAGAUUGGCGCUUGUGUUUUACUUCAGUUCAGACUUCUGCAAGCUGUGUAAAGACAGAAGUGUUGAUCCUGUUUACUUCUGUUUCUGUGGUUGAUACAUUAUGGCGGAUGGCACUGCUAGGUGCGGGCAACAUUGAUUGUUGCACUUAGAUGUGUUCUGGAGUGUAUACUAACUGCUUUGCCGUUAACGAGUUUCUCUAGUUCGUACAUUUGGAGUUGAAGACGUAUUUUCCCUGUGUCGACUGUGGUCAUGUGCUUGCAUUUAGGCGAUCUUUUUUGGACGUUAAGGGGCUCGAAUGUCGUGUCACUGCAUUUGCAGUGAUUGGCCGGACAGAAACGCAAGUGCUGCCCACUAAUGUCGUAUCCUUCGUUGUUUUUAAUAAAGAGUAUUGUUGUUUAUAA